AUGUAUGCACAUUGUGAUACUACUGUUGCAGAUUUGUUGGGAUCUUCUAGGAGUGAGCCUUAUAAUGCGACGCUAUAUGAUCACCGACCGUUUAAAGUGAAUGAUGAUGAUUAUGAUCGUAUAUGUCGCAUCCCCCGGAAGAAGGGUGCGAGUUUCAGAAACCUGAAAGGGGUUCGAGUGAAUCCUGCUGAUAAUACAGUUUAUUUUGAUCCUGAUGUAAAGAGAGUAUUAUUGAAGUCAGGCAAUCCUUUGGUUCCUGAUUAUGCUAUGUCAUUCAAAGAAGGGAAAUCAUCCAAACCGUUUGGACGCAAGCAAGAUUGGGUGCUGACAGUACGUGAAAAUGCAAGAUUGCAAGGCUUUCCUGAUUAUUAUAAGCUCUGCUGGCCACUAAAAGAAAGAUACAUGCAAGUUGGAAAUGCGGUAGCAGUUCUUGUGGCACGUCCCCUUGGAUACGCGUUAGGCCGCGCUUUCAUUGGUAGUGUAGAUGAUAGUUCAAUGUUUGAGUUUCCCCCCGGCUUUCCUAACUAUUUGGAAGCAUUACCUUCUCCUUAG